AUGACAAGUGUUUAUUUAGAUGUGAACGUUAUUGGACACGAUGGUGAAACGCCGUUGCACAUGGUUUCUCGUCAUGAAAAACCUUCGGACCUCGAUAAUACGAAUCAAAUGGGUGUUAUCGAAUAUUUAUAUACUAAAGGAGCAAAAUUAUCUCAACAAGAUGAAGAGGGCAGAACAAGUUUGCACCAUGCUGUUAUGAGACGAUCGUGUCUUGAAAAUGCAAAACAAUUGAUUACGUUAAUAAAAGAUCAUGAACGUAGAAAUGUUGUGAUGGCAGAUGGAAAAAAGAAAAAGAUAUUAAAUGAACCAGAAGAAUCGUUAAUUAAUGCACGAGAUGCUCAAAAUGGAACACCGCUUCAUUUCGUAUGCCGUUUUGUUGAUACCGAUGCACAAGAUAAUGUCUCAGAAAAUAUUGUACAAUUACUAAUUGAUAAUGGAGCACAGGUGGAUGCUGUAGAUAAAAAUUAUUGUACACCGCUACAUUAUUGUUCUCGUCGACAAUUUGGAGUUGAAAAUGUGAUGACGUUGCUAAACGCUGCUGCACAAAAAGAACAACAAUUAAAUAAUUCAAUAAAUAUGAAAUCAACAACAGUUCAAGAAUAUAUUGAAAUACAAGAUAAAAAUAACAAUACCGCAUUAUGUUUAGCAGCUGAACAUGGUUGUGAAGAAACUGUUAAAAUAUUAUUGAAGAACAAAGCUCAACGUAACGCACGAGGAAAAGAAUUUUAUCAACCAAUACAUUUAGCAGCAAAAUCCGGUAAUGUCAGAGUAUUAGAAAUUUUAUUAGAUGAUGCAUCAAUGAAUGUUCAAAAGUUACCAGUAACAUCAAAUAAAGAAACACCAUUACAUGUUGCGUGUCAAUAUAAUCGUACGGGUGCUGUACAAUAUUUAAUACAAUCACUUACAAAGAAUAAAACAAGCAUUACAGAUCAUAUUGAACACGCUGACAAUAAAGAUUAUACACCUCUAUUAACAGCUGCCUAUUAUGAUCAUAUUGAUUGUGUUAGAACAUUAGUUAAAAAUGGUGCUAUUAUGACCGAUGUUAAGGAUGAUGAGGAAAGAAAUAUAUUACAAAUAUGUGCUAAACGACUAAGUAUAAAUGUUUUAAAAGAAAUUGUGCUUCAAAUCCCUGAAACAAAGCUAUAUGAGAUGGUCAAGAAUUGUGAUAAAUUUGGUAAUAAUCCGUUGCAUUCAAUUGGUCGAGCCAAUAAUAGUCACAUACAUUCGCCUGAUAUUGAAAGAAGAGAAGUAGAAGUAUGUCAAUUAUUAUUAAAUACAUUCAGGGGUAACCAACAGUCAUCUACAACGGAGCCAGAAAAAGAUACCGGAAAAGAUACAUUUAUUAAACAUUCAAUUGAAAUGAUUAUGAAAAGAAAUAACGAUUACCGAACACCAUUACAUGAAGCAUGUUUCAGAGGAAAAGUGGCACUUAUACGGUAUUUAUUAGAAAAAAUUAUUACAAAAGAGCGGCACAGUGUAUUAGAAGUUGUUGAUGAUGAAUUGAAAACUGCCUUACAUAUUGCUGCUGAUGUUGGUGAGUUUAAUCGUGCGCUUACAGGAGAAGAAUUUCUGAAAGUAUUAAUUGAAAGCACUGUUUAUAAUGUCGUCUGGAACGUGUUACUAGAAUGUCAAGUUGAAAUUGUCAAACUGUUAAUUGACUAUGGUGCAAAUAUUGAAGCACGAGAUAUGAAUGAUUCAACGCCAUUACAUGGAGCUUGUUCUAGAAAUCAAUAUCGUUGUGCUAAAUUAUUAAUUAAAAAUCAUGCACCAUUAGAUGAUAUUGAUGAAAAAGGUUGUACUCCACUUCAUCUAGCAAGUAUGAAUGGUCAUCGAAAAAUUGUGAAACUUCUACUUGAAAAUAAGGCUAAUGUAACAAUUCAAAAUACAAAAGAAUUUAACAGUUUAGAAGUAGGCAUAAUGAAUGAUCAACAAUUUGUUGUACAAGAAUUCAUUUCACAUACAUCAUGGAUGAAAUCAAUGAAAAAUGCUCAAUUGAGAACAUUUAUCACAGGUCAUGAACCAGAAAUAGAUACACCAUUGAGAAAAUUAAUUCGCUUAAUGCCAACAAAAGCUGAAGAAGUUUUGAAACGUUGUAUAACAAGAUUGGGAAAUGAAGAAACAACAGAUUAUACAGUACGUUACAAUUAUGAAUUAUUGGAAGAUCAAUUUGCCAGUUGGGUACCAGGUAAUGAGAAGAAAAAAGGUAAUUCUGCUGAAAAACGAACAUCAAAAAGUUGGCGUUGGUGGAUUAAUAAUUGUCUAAUGAGACGAUCUAAUUCCAUUUCGGUUGAACAAACAGCUGAUCAACAAUCGGCAACAUCAUUACGGUCAUCACAUGAACACAAGCGUAACGCACUACAACAUAAUCAUCCAUUAUAUAUAAUGGCUAUUAAUGAACGUGAAGAUUUAAUUAAAAAUGAAUUAGUUGAUCGUUUAAUACAACGUAAAUGGUCACAAUUUACGCGUUUGGUAUUCAUAAUAACAUUAACAUUUUAUUUAUGGUUUUUGGCUUGUUUUACGGCCACAAUAUUAAAUAUAAAGCAUUCGCAAUACUAUUAUUUGUUGUUCAAUUAUAAUAUAACUGAUACAACGUGUGAAGCUAUUGCGAAUCUAUUACAAAAUUCACAACAAAAUCCGUCUGGUGAUGGUGUAAAACAGUCAUCAGAUUAUGUUUUAAAAUAUAUGUUAUUAAGUCUGAUUGCAUGCCAUCUAUUUAAAUAUCUGUAUUUAAUUGUUCAACAUUGGCAAUAUGUACUUUCUAAAAGUAGUCUUUUAGAAUUAACAUCAUUAGCUUUGUGUUUGUACUAUUCACAAGAUUGGUAUUCAUGGCAAAUGAAUGUUAAAUUAAGAUGUCCAGAACAAUGGUCAGUUGGUAUAUUACUAUCAUGGUUAACAUUAGUAACAUAUAUUCAAUUUACUCCCACACACGGUUUAUUUAUUGCGAUGUUAGAAAUAAUAAUAACAAAUUUUCUAUGGUUUUUUCCCAUUCUAUUGUUAUUAGUUGUAUCAUUUGGCUUUCCCUAUUACAUGCUAUUACAGAAUCAACUUAUAUUCAUAACACCGAUCGAAUCGAUAAUUCGUUCUUACAUAAUGCUAAACGAUGUUGGUUAUGAAUCUCAUAUGUACACAGAUGCGACUGGCUUACCUAUCUAUCGUCCAAUUACGUUCAUUAUAUAUGUUAUUUACGCAUCAUUAAUGUUUAUAUUGAUAAAUAAUCUGUUGAUAGGUUUUGCUGUUGGUGAAAUUGGACCAAUGAUGAGUCGUGCCAAAUUUAAACGUAGUCAAUUAAGAAUUAUAUUGAUAAGUGAAUAUGAAGUUAUAAUGCCAAUGAAAUUAUUACAAUAUUUUGCACAAAAAAAUAGAAAUGAAGUUGUACUACCACAUAAAAUAAAAUGGUAUAACAAACCAUUUGAAGCAAUGAAACGAUUUUUUGAAGGUAAUAAAAAAAAAGAAUUAUGCGAUGAACAAUCAACAGAUGAUUCUAAUCGAGAACAAUUAGAUAAUAUUGCUUUUGAUCAAGAAAAAACCAAAGAAGAUAUUCAAAAAAUACAAAAUGACAUUAAAGAUAUACAAGUAUAUAUGAAACAAAUGAAUGAAAAAAUAUGCUCGAAAUUUGAUAAAUUAAUUAAAGAAAAAAUGUAA